ACCCAGGAGCUGGGGGCUGGAGGCCACUGGCUGGGGCUAAAGGCAGCCGGGGAGUGAGGCCGCUCAGCUGGAGGAAGGAGACAGCUCCAAGCCCCCAGGCAGAGGCCACGCAGAGAUGGAGCAGAAGGAAGGGGAGCCCUCCAAGGACGGGACCACUGUCUCCCCAGCCACAGAGGCCCCGGUGACGCAGGGAGGUGGAGCCUCUGCAGAAAAGGAGGCCAAAGCCACAGAGAAGAAGAUCCUCAAAGAGGGGCCUCCGGAAAGAGCACUGGCCGAGGCCAGCACGUCAGCUGAAUUUCAAGGGGAAGCAAACGGGUGGGAUGAGGUCAAGGUGGAAGCCAAAGGGGAGGCAGAACUUCACAAGGAGGGCGGCGGGAAGGAAGAGAUCACGGCGGCUCCUCAGGAGACCGCUGAUGGGAAGGAAGAGACCCAGCUUGACCCCAAGGAGGCCAAGGAAGGGCAGGAGACCACGCCGGCCUCCGAGAAGCAGCAGGCUGACGAGAAGCAGGCCGAGCCUGAAUCUAGGGAGGAAGCCCACGUGAGUGAGGAGGUCAAGGCUGAGCCCAGGCAGGCCACUGGGGAGCGGGAGGCCGAGACUGGGGCCGAGGAGGCUGAUGGGAAGGAGGGGGACACAGCGGCCUCUCAGGAGGAGAGCGACAAGCCGGAGGGACCUGCAGCGGAAGCUCAAGGGAAAGCGGGUGUCCCAGAGGCCGGGUCGGACUCGGAGACGAAGGCUGCCGUGGCAGAGGAGGAGGCCGAGGCUGAACCUCAGGAGGCUGAUGUGAAGGAGGCGGAGUCAGGUGGUCCCCAGGAAGAGCAGGACCAGGGUGUGGAGAGAGAGUCGGAGGAAGGAGCAGGAGUGAUUCCCAGCUCCCCCGAGGAGUGGCUCGAGAGCCCCACGGAGGAGGGCAGUGGCCUCGGCCCAGGUGGGUUGGGUCCAGACACCGCAGCAGCUUCGGGAGAGACCAGUCCUUCGGCCAGUGAGUCUUCACCCAGCGAUGCGCCCCAGACUCCCACGGAGCCCCCUCCCUCACAGGAGAAGAAGAAAGAGAAGGCACCGGAGCGCAGGGUGUCAGCCCCUGCCCGGCCCCGGGGGCCCCGCGCACAGAACCGCAAAGCCAUCGUGGACAAGUUCGGAGGGGCAGCCUCGGGCCCCACGGCCCUGUUUCGAAACACGAAGGCAGCGGGGGCAGCCAUUGGCAGUGUCAAGAACAUGCUCUUGGAGUGGUGCCGGGCCAUGACCAGAAACUACGAGCACGUGGACAUCCAGAACUUCUCCUCCAGCUGGAGUAGCGGCAUGGCCUUCUGCGCCCUCAUCCACAAGUUCUUCCCCGAUGCCUUCGACUACGCUGCCCUGGAGCCCUCACAGCGCCGACACAACCUCACCCUGGCCUUCUCUACCGCUGAGAAACUGGCCGACUGUGCCCAGCUGCUGGAGGUGGACGACAUGGUGCGGCUGGCGGUGCCCGACUCCAAGUGCGUCUACACCUACAUCCAGGAGCUGUACCGCAGCCUGGUGCAGAAGGGACUGGUGAAGACCAAGAAGAAAUGAGG